AAAAACUUUGCAAAAUUCUUUUAGUCUGUGUAGUAGUUUAAAUUUUUGUAUAAACAACAUUUUCUUAAUGGUGGAAAUUCUCUGGCAUUUCUCUUUCUGAUGGCACUCGGCUUUGUUUUUUUUUAUGACUUUAGUUUUCCAGUUUUGUUUAUUUUGGUUUUGUUAGCUUUCCAAUAUAAAUUUCUAGCUGAGAUAAGGCAAGUAACCUCGGAGUAAACAAUGUUAGUGAUAAAAAGGGGCCUUGCAGUUGUCUUUCUGGACAAAGCGGUAAACUUUCUCUUCGUGCAUUGUUCUUGGAUUUAUUGCUGCUCAUAUACACCUAUUAUUUGCAGGCAAAGAAGUACAUCUUUUGAAAUGUCCCCACCAAUGCUUUUAGUGCAUGGAGGAGCCGGCGAUAUAGGUGAUGCGCGUGUUCUCGGCAAAGUGCAAGGCAUGAAGUUGGCUUUGAAAGCUGGUUUGCCAUUGUUGAUGCCUGCGAUGAAAUGUGGUGGCCACGAAGGGGGUUCUGCUCUGGAUGCCGUCGAGGCGGCAGUGCGUGCAAUGGAAGAGGAUGAAAAUUUCAAUGCUGGCUAUGGAGCUUGCCUUAAUAGCGACGGCAAUGUAGAAGUAGAAGCUAGCAUUAUGGAAGGUUCAAAGUUGCGUGCUGGUUGUGUUACCUUACUGCAGGACAUCAAAUACCCCAUCACGGUGGCACGACAUGUCAUGGAAAGAACUAAUCACACAUUUUUGGGUGGUGUUAGUGCUCAAAAAUUCGCUUUAGAAAAUGGUGCUCUACAAUUGCCACAAGGUUCAUUAGUGACACAAAGUGCCCGCGAUGCAUUAGCACAAUUUAAGAAACAACAAGCGGAGGGUAAAGACACCACAUACGCAAGAACGGAGUUAGAUACAGCUGUUAAAGAACGUCCGGGUGAGCUAGGUACAGUGGGCGCCGUUGCCAUCGAUGCUAAGGGUAAUAUUGCUGUCGCUACAUCAACCGGUGGAAUAACUGGUAAAGUGCCCGGACGUAUAGGUGAUACACCACUGCUUGGUUGUGGCACUUACGCCGACAAUAAAUGGGGCGGCGUUUCGUCUACUGGUCAUGGUGAGACAAUAAUGCGCUUUAAUUUGGCACAAAAAAUUCUAGCCAAUAUUCGUUACGAGAAUAUGUCAGCACAAGCAGCCACGGAGGUGGCAUGCAAAGAGAUGACUGAACGCUUAGGUGGAACUGGUGGUGCUAUAACUAUUGGGCCACAAGGUGAUAUUGGCGUUGCAUGGACGUCAAGGCGUAUGGCUUGGGCUUAUGUGCGUGAUAACGAAUUUAUUUAUGGCAUAGAUCAGGGAAAAGUACUAAGCGAGCCAUUUGAAUAAUUGUAAAUAAGAAAAGCUUAUCGCUAACGAGAUAAAGACCGAAACCAGAGAGCAUGUAACAAUUCUCAUAUGGUUUCUUCCGCAACUGCAUUUA